AUGACUGAAGCUGAGUUGUUAGCCAUGCCUGAAUUCUCAAUAAAAAGGAUGUAUAACAAGAUGAUGGGAGAUUAUGCAAAAGUCAGUUGGAGAAGACUCAUAUGCAACACUCCUGGAGCUCCUAAAUGGCUGUUUAUUCUUCAACUAGUACCUCAUGGGAGAAUCUAUACUAGAGACAGGUUGAAUAAAUGGGGAAUGCAGAUGGAUCCAAUAUGCCCCUUGUGUGAAAAAGAACAGGAGAAUAUUGACCAUCUGUUUUUUCAGUGUGACAUUUCCUGUUAUAUAUGGGCACAAGUACUGAGAUGGCAAGGGAUUAACAUAUUACCUUUGAAGUGGGCAGAAGAACUCCAAUGGUGUAUGUCAAGAUGUAAUGGCAAGAAUAGUAGUGCAACAAUUUUCAAAAUCUCACUAGCAGCAGCUGUGUAUCAUAUAUGGUUACAAAGGAAUCAGGUGGCUUUCCAAGGAAGAAGAAAAUCAAAUGAUAGUCUUGUGAAACUGAUCAUACAAGAGUGUUAUGUCAGAGUUAGCAUGAAGGCCAAACUAGCUAGUAGACUUACUGGUCUUGAUUGGUAUCCUCGUUGA